AUGUUUGUAAACCCUGACCUAGACAAUGACCUCUGCGAGCGGCCACAAUAUGGAUUUAUUAUUAGUUUAACAAAAACAAUGGUAGGUAAAGUCGCUCUAGUCACCGGCUCCACUUCCGGUGUGGGAGUCAAUGUGGCUACCGAACUGGCUGCACGAGGCGCGAGAGUGAUUAUAACUGGUCGCAAUGCUGCGAAAUUGGAAGAAACCAGAAACCGUAUAGUUAAUGUUACGGGAAACGGCAAUGUCGUUGGCAAGCAAGUGGACUUUGAAUCUCUGAGCUCAAUAAGAAGUUUCGUCCACGAGAUGUACAUUCAGGAGCCGAAGUUGAACAUACUAAUCAACAACGUCGGAGCAAUAGGACUCGAGGAUCGUCGGACCGAAGACAACUUACACGUUAUGAUGCAGAUCAAUUAUUUGGGAAACUUUUUACUGUCGUUUCUCCUUUUCCCACUCCUGAAAGCGUCGGCACCGAGCAGGAUUAUCAGCGUAUCUUCCAUAUCUCUACUUCUAGGUCAUAUAGAUUUUGAGCAUAUGAACGACGUGGGGCGAUUUUCUAGUUUUGGUCACUACGCGAACUCGAAGCUAGCAGAUGUUCUCUUUACUGUUGAGAUGAAUAAAAGGAUCGGUGGCAGCGACGUCAGUGUGUUCAGUUUGGACCCGGGUCUUAUCAAAACGGAUUUCCUAAGGAAUUACAAGGAGACGCCCUUCAGAAGAUUCAUGUCCUGGGGCCUAUUUCUGGUGGGGCAGCCGACGAAUCGGGUGGCGACUGCAUACGUCUGGUUGGCGUCUGAUCCAAAAGUUGUGAAUUCCAGCGGGAAGCAUUUUCUAUAUUGCAAAGAGUUUUACAGCAGUUGGUUCGCUGAGGACGCGCAACUCACUCGAAGGCUUUGGGAAGAGUCUAAGAGGUUAGUCAAAAUAAAGGAUGAGGAAGAUUGGGAAAGAAAUAGCUUGUAA